CGUGGGAAAUAUCUUCUCUGUAAUUAAACGAAAUGCUUAAAACACCCACAGACUCCAUAGUACUAGGUUUUGCUAAAACAAAUCAUUGUAAACAAUAAAUGUGUUCCCAUUCACAAAUACCCAUAAGAGAUAUUUCGCGCGUAAACAAAAACGCGGGAGAGUAAGGGGGCGGGGUUACGUUCCCGGCUCUAGUUCUCCCAUUUCAAAAGCAGAGGCGGUUACGGUGGGGUAUAUGUUCUCCUGUCUCGCGCUUCAAUUAUUUACCGUAUGCACAUGUGGUUUACGUUCUGUCGGUGAGCGAUCUAGGAGAGAUUGUUGAGCCCCGCACUGACUUGACUACAGCAAGAGCUGCCUUCCGUAACCUGCCUAUCUGUUUUUUUACCCUGUUGGCGGGAAAUACAGUAUUCCUGCCGUUUUGUUUUAAACCAGCCGUUGUCCUAUAUAGUAUUUUAUAUAUCAACCCUUUGCACACAGAUUCCUACUUAUUUUAUUGGUUUUACGGUUAAUUAGCCAAGGCAGGCUUCUGUAGACAUGCCAGCCCAGUCCUCCUCGCUGUCCCUUCCCGCAGAUGUCAGAAAGCGACUCAAGGAUUUGGAUAAAGAUCUGGAUGGAAUGACUGAGCGAGAGUACAUAAAAGAAAAGCUUACUUUGGUACUUGGUUUUCUGGAAGAAAAUGCAAAAGACCAACUUGAUGAUCUGGAGAGUAAAUUGAGUAAAGAGGAGCUAUCUGAGGAAAAAUACCUGAAACAAGUAAAAGCCCUUUUGAAGGAGGAGCUGAAGGUUGAGAAUGGAGAUGUUACAGUAAAUGGAGAGACAAAUGGCUGCUCCCAGAAUGGAACAUGUGAUGACGUGGACAUGCUGGAAUCUACAACUGACUCCAAAGGACGAAAAACCAAGAGAGGCAAAACAAAUAGAGAGAACAAAAAAUCCCCUGCCCAGGCUCGUGUGUCUCGUAGUACUGUCAAGCAGCCGACCAUUCUCUCCAUGUUUUCCAAGGGACCAGGCAAAAGAAAAUCUAAUGAAGUUAAUGGUGAACCAAAACAAGAAGCUGAAGCUCCAUUAAAAGUAGAAAAAGAAGAAAAGGAGAAAGAAGAGAAAAGGUUAAAAGUGGAAUCAAAUGAGGGUGACUCUUCUAUAAAAGAGACUCCAAAGGUGAAGGAUGUUCAACAACCAAAGACUCCUCCACCGAAAUGCCCUGAUUGCCGACAGUACCUGGAUGAUCCUGAUCUUAAAUUUUUUCAAGGGGAUCCAGAUGAUGCUUUGGAUGAACCCGAAAUGCUUACAGAUGAGCGUUUAUCUCUGUUUGAUGACAAUGAAGAUGGUUUUGAGAGCUAUGAUGACCUCCCUCAGCACAAAGUAACCAGCUUUAGUGUUUAUGACAAAAAGGGUCACUUGUGUACCUUUGACUCUGGUCUCAUUGAGAAGAAUGUUGAGCUGUAUUUCAGUGGUGUUGUAAAACCAAUUUAUGACGACAACCCAUCACUUGAUGGUGGCGUUCGUGCAAAGAAGCUCGGUCCUAUUAAUGCCUGGUGGAUAACUGGGUUUGAUGGAGGCGAAAAAGCUUUGAUUGGAUUCACAACAGCAUUUGCGGAUUACAUAUUAAUGGAUCCUAGUGAAGAGUAUGCUGUAAUCUUUGCACUAAUGCAGGAGAAGAUUUAUAUGAGCAAGAUAGUGGUGGAAUUCUUACAGAAAAAUCCAGAUGUUGCAUAUGAAGAUCUACUCAACAAGAUUGAGACAACUGUCCCUCCUGCUGGACUCAACUUUAACCGCUUUACAGAAGAUUCUUUACUCAGACAUGCUCAAUUUAUAGUGGAACAGGUAGAAAGUUAUGAUGAAGCUGGUGACAGUGAUGAACAACCUGUCAUAGUAACACCGUGUAUGAGAGACUUGAUUAAGCUGGCUGGUGUCACACUGGGCAAGAGGCGAGCUGUAAGGAGACAAGCAAUCAGACACCCCACAAAAAUAGAAAAGGACAAGGGACCUACCAAAGCUACUACCACCAAGCUGGUGUAUCUAAUCUUUGACACAUUUUUCUCUGAGCAAAUUGAGAAGGAUGAAAAUAAGGAGAACACAAAACGCAGACGCUGUGGUGUCUGUGAGGUAUGCCAGCAGCCAGACUGUGGGAAAUGCAAAGCUUGCCAAGACAUGGUGAAGUUUGGUGGCAGCGGGCGUACCAAACAGGCCUGCACACAAAGAAGGUGUCCAAAUCUUGCUGUGAAAGAAGCUGAUGAUGAUGAGGUAGAGGAUGACAUUGUCCCCGAAAUGCCAUCGCCAAAAAAAAUUCUUCAAGGAAGAAAGAAAAAACAGGAGAAGAAAAACGGAAUUUCCUGGGUGGGAGAAUCUAUAAAGACUGAAGGAAAGAAGAAAUACUACCAGAAAGUGUCUAUAGACUCUGAGAUUUUGGAACUUGGUGAUUGUGUUUCAGUGAGCCCUGACAAUCCCUCAGAGCCGCUAUAUCUGGCAAGGAUUACCUCUAUGUGGGAAGAUGCCAGUGGGAUGAUGUUCCAUGCACAUUGGUUCUGUCUUGGUACAGAUACUGUUCUAGGAGCCACAUCUGAUCCAUUGGAACUCUUCCUUGUUGAUGAGUGUGAGGAUAUGCAGUUGUCUUACAUCCAUGGAAAAGUUAAAGUGAGCUAUAAAGCUCCAUCUGAUAACUGGUUCAUGGAGGGAGGCAUGGAUACAGACAUUAAAGUGGUGGAUGAUGAUGGAAGCACAUACUUUUACCAGUUGUGGUAUGAUCCAGAGUAUGCUAGAUUUGAAUCUCCUCCAAACCCACAGCCUACCGAAGACAAUAAGCAUAAGUUUUGUACCAGCUGUGUGCGACUGGCAGAAAUUAGGCAACGGGAAAUCCCAAGAGUGUCUGACGUUUUGGAAGACCAUGACUCUAAAGUGUGCUAUGCUACAGCUUCUAAGAAUGGUAUCCAUUACAAAGUUGGUGAUGGAGUACUUCUGCUUCCUGAUGCCUUCACUUUCAGUGUGAGGCUUGCCAGCCCAGUGAAAAGGCCACAGAAAAAAGACGAUGUUGAUGAAGAACUUUAUCCAGAAUACUACCGGAAAUCAUCAGACUAUAUUAAAGGCAGCAAUUUGGAUGCUCCAGAGCCAUUCAGACUUGGCCGAAUUAAAGAGAUUUUCUGCAAGAAGCGUGACAAUGGAAAACCUAAUGAGUCUGAAAUAAAGUUACGGGUUUACAAGUUCUACAGACCUGAAAAUACACACAAGGGCAUGAAGGCAAGCUACCACGCAGACAUCAGUAUGUUGUACUGGAGUGAUGAAGAAGCAGUUGUUGCCUUCAAGGAUGUGCAAGGUCGUUGCACUGUAGAGUAUGCGGAAGACUUGACUGAAUCCAUUGAAGAGUACUCUACUGGAGGAACAGAUCGUUUCUAUUUUCUUGAGGCCUAUAAUGCAAAGACCAAAAGUUUUGAAGAUCCCCCAAAUCAUGCACGUAGUGCUGUUAACAAAGGGAAAGGAAAGGGCAAAGGAAAAGGCAAAGGAAAGUCUCAAGCAACAGAAUCUAAUAGUCAAAACAAUGCUGAAAAACUAAUCAAGCUGCGCACUCUGGAUGUAUUUUCUGGGUGUGGUGGACUAUCUGAGGGUUUCCAUCAAGCAGGCAUAUGUGAAACGCACUGGGCUAUAGAGAUGUGGGAUCCUGCAGCACAGGCUUUUAGGUUAAACAAUCCAGGAACCACCGUUUUUACAGAAGACUGUAACAUCCUUCUGAAACUAGUCAUGUCAGGGGAGAAGACCAAUUCUCUUGGUCAGAGGCUGCCUCAAAAGGGAGAUGUUGAAAUGCUUUGUGGUGGCCCACCAUGCCAAGGGUUUAGUGGCAUGAACCGGUUUAAUUCCAGGACUUACUCAAAAUUCAAGAACUCCUUGGUGGUCUCCUAUCUAAGUUACUGUGACUAUUACCGGCCUAAAUUCUUCUUGCUGGAAAAUGUAAGGAAUUUUGUCUCUUUCAAGAGCUCCAUGGUGCUAAAACUAACGUUGCGUUGUCUUGUACGCAUGGGCUAUCAGUGUACAUUUGGCGUGCUACAGGCUGGUCAGUACGGUGUGGCACAGACACGCAGAAGGGCAAUUGUACUUGCUGCUGCACCAGGCGAAAAGCUACCUAUGUUCCCUGAGCCGCUACAUGUAUUUGCACCUCGUGCCUGUCAACUGAGUGUUGUGGUGGAUGAGAAAAAAUAUGUCAGUAAUAUUACAAGAACAAACUCAAGUCUGUACCGAACAAUUACUGUCCGGGAUACCAUGUCUGAUCUUCCUGAAAUCCGGAAUGGUGCAUCUGCUCUAGAAAUAUCAUACAACGGAGAACCUCAGUCAUGGUUCCAGAGGCAAAUUAGGGGUUCACAGUAUCAGCCAAUUCUCAGGGAUCAUGUUUGUAAGGACAUGAGUGCAUUGGUAGCUGCAAGAAUGAGACACAUCCCUCUAGCCCCUGGCUCUGAUUGGAGAGACCUGCCAAAUAUUGAGGUUCGUCUCUCUGAUGGGACCAACUCACGGAAACUGCGUUAUACUCAUUAUGACAAGAAGAACACCCGUAAUCCAUCAGCGCUUAAGGGUGUCUGUUCCUGUGCUGAAGGUAAACCAUGUGAUCCUGCGGACAGACAGUUCAACACCCUGAUCCCUUGGUGCCUGCCACAUACAGGAAACAGACAUAACCAUUGGGCUGGUCUCUAUGGUAGAUUGGAAUGGGAUGGCUUCUUUAGCACCACAGUUACAAACCCUGAACCUAUGGGCAAACAGGGUCGUGUGCUUCAUCCAGAACAGCAUCGUGUUGUAAGUGUUAGGGAAUGUGCACGAUCCCAAGGCUUUCCUGACACCUACAGACUCUUUGGCAAUGUCCUGGAUAAACAUAGACAGGUUGGUAAUGCAGUACCACCUCCUUUAUCCAAAGCAAUCGGCUUGGAAAUAAAAUCUUGUGUUAUUGCAAAGCAAAAGGAGACAGAAAAGGUAAAGCACGAAAAAAUGGAAACUAAUUAACUUUAAGAACUUUUACAUCUCCCCUUGCUCCAUUCUUUCUUUUAAAUCUUUGACACCAAAGGAUUUGUCUUCAGUUCAUCGGUUUUACACUUGACAUUCCAGCUUUUUAACCUGCCGAUUGAAAUAUCUUGUUAUACUUCAUGCAACGGCACUAAUGGAUUUUAAAAUUAUGGAUUUUAAUGUACUUCAAUUUUCCCUCCACUUUGUAUAUUAUGUAGUUUUUAUAUGUUGUAAUAUUUCAAAUAAAUGCUGUCUUAUAAACUGUU